CGGAAACUCUCUUUGUCCACUAUAAUCCACUAUAAUCUGUAGAAAUCAGCUUAUCUCAACAGGCCUGUCUUCUCGUCCCUUGAGUCAGGUCUGGCCCCCAAAGAGCGGCUCAAGUGGCGCUCCCACUUCUAUUUCUGUCCACAGUGGUAAUAUAGAUAUCAUACCUGACCCCUCUCUCACACUUCCAUUUUCUCUUCACUCAUCAUCCAUCCCCGAUAUGCUGAGGCUCCCUACCUCGCACUCUCCGCAUGGACCCCACUCCUGCAGCAAACCUCACCUGGGGCUGGGUAUCAUCAGGCAAUGACCGCGGAACCAGCGACAUCCUCUGGGGCUCCCUCUCAACAAUCUACCUCUGCACCUGGACGUGUCUGUGUCUCAACUUCCCUCGUCUAGGCGAAGAACAAAGCUGGCGAUUCCUCUUCUACAAAUUUCGCUGGCAACUCUUCGCCAUCUUCUUCCCCGAAGUCCUCGUCGCUACGACGGCCGAACAAUGGCUUUCGGCUUACCAAUCUGUGAGGAUCUUUCGAGGGAUGGGAUAUAAUGGAUGGACGAUCCGGCAUGGUUUCUACGCCGAUAUGGGAGGGAUCAAAGUCGCGCCUCCUGAUGCGGAACCCUUUCCUGUCGACAGCCAUCAACUAUCUUUUCUCGUGAAGAAUAACUACAUCCCCAUGCCUCAAAUCAGCAGCGACGACAUCACAGCCGUCGAUAAAGCGGACGGCUUUGCACGUUUGAUCACCUUAAUCCAGAUCUGUUGGUUCAGCCUCCAAUGCAUCGGUCGCGGCAUCCAGCACAUAGGCCUCUCCCCCCUCGAAUUAACAACCAUCGCUUUCAUCCUCUGCACUUUACACGAUUAUUUCUUCUGGUACUACAAACCGCUCGAUCCCCUCCGACCCGAGAUCCUACCCAUGGAGAUCUCCAUGAAGGAGAUCUGCGAGAAAGAAGAAGCGCGACAGACGUACAUUUUCACGCCCUUAGAUUUCGUCAGCAGUCCGCCCGAUGCGAAGAGCUUGAUAGCUCCUUUCUGGUUUGGAAUCAGUGUUGUGUUUGAUCAUGGGAAGGACAAGGAGCCGAAGCCUAGACAGACGUUUCCUAAUACGAGGAUUCUGCCUGCGGAAGGGAUUACUUGGGGGAUGAUGUGGUACUGUCUCUUUUUCCAGGUCGUGUAUUUCGGACUCCAUCUUUCGGUUGGGUGGUUACUUGCUUUUCCUUCUCGGGUCGAGUGGUACCUCUGGACUGUUGCCAAUUUCGCUGAUCUGGGACUUAUCACUGUAUACUGUAUUGCUUUACCGCUUGGUACAUAUUUCGCGCCGUGGAUCGGGAGAAAGAUAUUCGGUGUCGAGGGCGCGACAUCGAUUCUAGAAGUCGCGAAUAUGUUGCCAUAUUGGGCAAAGUUGGCGGUUCAUGGUCCGUUUGUGGUGGCGUACAUUGGGGCGAGAGCUAUUGUAUUGACGGAGUCCUUGAUUACAUUGAGGGCUUUACCUGCGCCGUUGUAUGAGGAUGUUAAUUGGGCGGACUUUUUACCGCAUUUAUGAUAUACCAAUUUGUAGCACAAGUAGCAUGAAUCUUGAUUCCAACCCCUUUUUCAAGCGA